CCGGCAUCCCGGGACACCGGCAUCCCGGGACAGCGGCACAGCGCGACAGCGGCACCCCCGCGGGCAGGGCCCAGCCCCGGCAUCCCGGCUGCCAAGGGCCAUGGCCGCGAGCCCCCGCUGACAUCGCCCCCGCGCCUCGGGGUGCCGCCGCUGACAUCGCCCCCGCGCCUCGGGGUGCCGCCGCCGCAGCCAUGGGUGACUCCUACGCCGCCGCCUUCCCCAGCGCCCCGGGGCUGCUGUCGCCGUCCGCCAGCCCCCAGGCCUCCCCCGGCCCCUACGGCCCCGACUACGGCCCCUUCGGGCACCCCUUCCCCGCGCCCUCGGGCGCGCAGGAGGUGCUGGGGGCGCCGGUGGUGGUGGCGGCCAAGGGCCACCCCCCGAGCGAGUGCCUGCCCGGCGUGUACCCCUCGCUGGAGAUGCCGCACCCCUACGGCUCCUGGUACAAGGGCGGCAUCGGCGGGGGGCUGCCGGGGGGCUCCGGGCCCGCCGCCCCGUCCUGGUGGGAUGUGCACCCCAACGGGGGCUGGCUGGGGGGGCCGGCGGGCGCCGAGGGGCUGCAGGGCUCGCUGCAGGGCCAGCCCGCCCUCAGCCCCCCUCUGCCCACCUACGGCUCCGAUUUCGGCGCUCUGAACCCCCCUCCUUACACCAACGCCCCCGCGGCGCCCCCCGCCCCCAAACCCGCGCCGGGCGAGACCCCGAAGGGUCCCCGCGGCGGCUCCUUGGGGGGACGCCCGGCGUGCGAUUGUCCCAACUGCCAGGAGCUGGAGCGGCUCGGGGGCCCGGCGGGGUCGCGGCGGAAGCCGGUGCACAGCUGCCACAUCCCGGGCUGCGGCAAGGUGUACGGCAAAGCCUCGCACCUGAAGGCGCACCUGCGCUGGCACACGGGGGAGCGGCCCUUCGUGUGCAACUGGCUCUUCUGCGGGAAGCGCUUCACCCGCUCCGACGAGCUGGAGCGCCACGUCCGGACCCACACGCGCGAGAAGAAGUUCACCUGCCUGCUGUGCAGCAAGCGCUUCACCCGCAGCGACCACCUCAGCAAGCACCAGAAGACCCACGCCGACCCCGGCCCCCCCAAGCCGCCCCCCGGCGCCGAGCAGCCCCCCGCGUCCCCCCGGCCCGCCUCGCCCGCCAAGGACGGCGGCAGCCCCGAGGCCGGCAGUUUGUUGGAGAUUUGAGCCUUUCCGCCUUCAUCUUCCUCCUCCUCCUCCUCCUCGCCGCUGGGGAUAUUUAUUACGGGGUGCUGCUCCCCCCGAGCCCCCUCCCCCUCAGUUCCCCAGCUCCUCGUUAGCCAUUCUAAUUUAUGUCUUAAAUUAUGGGGGGGGGCUCUCCGAGCGCUCUGGGGCUCACGGGGGUGUCAAGGUGAGACCCCCCUCCCCUUUCUGUUUUCCCUUCCACCUCCCCCAGCCCUUCUUGCCCCCCAGCCCUCGCCUCGCCCCCCGCACUCAGGGACAGGGUUUGCCCCCUCCCCUCCCCCGGCCUGGUUCAUCAGUGCUCAUGUAACAUGUCCCCCCCACUUUUUUAGCUGCCUGCCCCUCCUGCCCCCUGGAAAAAAAGCAAUAAAAGGAUUG